AUGAGCGUUUGGUCAUCGUGGGCCCUGUCAGUGCCGACUAUUGCAGGAAAGCAUUCUAUCCAACCUUCCUCUGCAGGAAAAUGGCCGAUCAUUCAUUCUAACGGUGGUUCAAAAGAAUCCAGUUAUGUAUCGGACCAUAUUCAGCUGGUUUCGUUUAAAGAAAAUUCAGGAUCGUUCUCGUAUGCAAAUCACUAUUACCAAGAGCGAUUCAAUUUCAGCGAUCCUGAUAAUGAUACCACACUGAUGGAUUAUUUGAAGAGCGCUCACGAAAAUAAAGAGGAGAUACAUCGCGUGGCUCAACAGUUGAAUAUUGACACUCUACUGCCCUUAUCUUUUGUUAAACUUUCUAAUGGACAGACAAGACGCGCACGACUAGCACGAGCGUUAUUAAGGAACCCAUCGAUGCUCGUAUUGGAUGAGCCGUUGAUGGGUUUGGAUACUCGCCACCGGAAACAUUUAUUAGACCUGCUUGGCGAGUUAGCAACAAAGUCAUCUGUCCCCAUGGUGCUUGUUUUAAGGCCUCAGGACGAAUUUCCUACUUGGGCAACCGAUGUCAUCGAAUUAAAGCAUAUGAGGAUUUGCUGGAAGGGCAAGUCCCAUGAAUACCUACACAAGCAUAAAGAAGAGCUUCAAUCCGAGAGAAGGAGACUUGAGGAAGAAAACCAGAAGAACAGCCUAGCACAAAAGAACAAAGCAACCUCUAUGACGAGUCCAGCUGUAGUAGAGAUGAAAAACGUCAAAGUCACGUAUAGUGGACGGCCUAUUUUACGCGAUAUUAAUUGGACGGUACGAAAGGGAGAACGGUGGGCAUUACUGGGGCCCAACGGAUCAGGCAAAACAACUCUGUUGUCAUUUUUGACCGGUGAUCAUCCACAAGCCUAUGCAAAUGAUCUCUCCUUAUUUGGACGCCGUCGUGGUACUGGAGAGUCCAUUUGGGAAAUCAAACAAAAAGUGGGCCUUGUGAGCCCUGAAAUUCAUUUGUACUUUAACCAAAUGCUGACGGCUUUAGAGGCAGCAGGAACUGGUUUCUUUGAUGUAGUGGUUCCUCGCCCAUUGAAUGGAGAACAAACAAAAACCAUUCAAAGACUGUUUACUGAGCUUGGUAUGAACACGAUGUUACAUCGAUCCUUGAAGGACAUGUCAACAGGCGAACAAAGAAUGGUAUUAUUGAUUCGAUCGCUGGUCAAAAUGCCAGAGUUGAUCAUCUGGGACGAGCCUUUUCAGUCCUUGGAUAGUCAUAUGAUUCGUAACGUCCAUACAUGGCUAGAAGACCAUAUGAGACCUGAUCAGACUCUCAUUAUGGUCACUCAUCAUGAACAAGAAAUUCCGCGUGCAGUGACCAAGAGAUUUGAACUUACUUCAGACGGCCUGCAAGCAAAUUAA